GACUUGUGCAAAAUGUUUCUGGAGAGACGAACAAAAACGCAUGGAGUCUGACAUACUACUGUUGAGUAAUGUAUAAUAGUUUUUUCUUCACUGACUAUACGUGAACUCUGUAUAUGUGAUAUGAUGUGCUGUAUUACGUCUCUGCAUAUGUAUACUCAGUAAUGCGGUUUAUGAUCACAUGUGAUCAUGCAGUGGACUACACUGAAUAUUAUAGUGGUCUCCAACACUCUGAAACACUCUGAAUUAUAAUCUGUCUGUAGUAUAAUCCACACUAAAAUGUUGAUGUCCUCUGUCAGUAGUCAGAUAUGCAGUUUAGAAGCAUAGUUAUAGCAUCAAGCUGUCAGAAAAAAUGUCCACACUUAUUUUACGUUUCAAAGUAUAGAGAGUAACUGAUGGGUGGGCUGCAGCAGCACAUGCUGCUUGGAUAAAGGGCUCAAGUGUUCAGAAGGAGAACAGCGUAAUUGACUCUAUUUUUUUUAAGGGUUAUGGGACUGAACAGAUGUAAGUUGAUGGACUAAGCACUGAGAUCGCAAAUCUUCCUUUUCAGGCACCUGCAAAUGUAAUUUAGACUAGUCUGUGUCUACACUGGAGAGACAGCUGCUAUCUGAAUAUGACCAGGUGAUUUUGCCAUGAAAGAGUUUAUUCUGCUAGUUGGCUCAAAAACUUUGAUCUCUUAAAGCCAUAAAUAUAAAUGCUAAAUGCUGAAAAAUGUUUGCUUAUAUGCUGAUUCUUAAGUAUGAAAAGAAGGCUAGAGGUUUUGUUAUUUGGCUUUGUUGUAAAAUGAAGUGUGUAUAUAACCCUUAAAUAAUGAUAAAAAAAACCCUUAUAUUAUAUUUAGCCAUAGUGUUUAGUAUUUCGUUUUCGAGCAUUCCAGGUUUUACGGGCUGGGUGUGGGUGUCAGAAAUUGAAGUAACUAACGAAUGCCCAAUUCUUAAGGUUAAUGCCUUGCGAGACACAACAGCUGAGGUUUACAUGUAUUCCAAGGGAAUGAGUACAAAUGAUCGAGCAUCCCUGUUAUCUGCUCUCAGUUACGAGUUAAGGAGAUGUUGGUUCUCUCCAUGGUGCUCUCCUUCUCAGAUCAACAUGUUCAACCUCAUGAGCAAUUGCUGUAGCUGGGUCUCCAAACUCCAGCAACCACUGAGGAAAAUCACGGUUCUAGUAGUUGGCUUGGACAAAGCUGGAAAAACAUCUUGUGUCGGUGGGAUGUUAAGAGUGCCCCCUGGAGAUCUAGGUCCCACUCAUGGAUGUGUCCACACUGAAUUAAGAGUGGAAAACUACUUGGUUGACAUACUGGAUAUGGGAGGGGCUCCUGAGGUACGGGGGUCCUGGAGAGAGCAUUACGGUGAAGCUCACGGCAUCGUCUUUGUGGUGGAUUCCAGUGAUAGACAACGAAUGAAAGAGGUCAGAGAAGCUCUGGUGGACUUACUGAAGCAUCCAAGAGUAGCAGGAAAACCUCUUCUUGUGCUGGCAAAUAAACAGGACAAAAUGAAUGCUCUUCUGGGAAAUGAACUCAUUGAAAUUCUCUCCCUAGAGAGUCUGGUCAACCAGAGCCGUUCCCUUUGCCACAUUGAGCCAUGUUCUGCGUCAAUGGACCUGCGUCGCUGGUCGGACAGAAAGACCCUGCGAGGUCUCAGAUGGCUACUGCGAGCUGUGUGCCUGGACUACCCUGACCUCUGUGCCCGUGUGACGAGAGAUGGGAGGCGACCAUUAGAGCCAGAAGAAAAAGAAAGGAGAGGGAAAACAGAGAAGAGCCGGAACAAGUCUAAAGAGGAAAAAACACGUACAAGCAAAACCAAUAUCCGUCAAGAACAGCAAAAUGAAAUUGUGAGGGAAAAUGGUACUCUUCAUCCAAUCAAAAAUAUUCUAAAUAAGGAGAACUCUUUAAAAAAGAAAAUAAGCAAGAAGAAGAAAGUAAAGGUUAAAAUUAAGAAGGAGAGUCCAAGCAGAGGAGUAAAUAAACAAGAGGUUGAGAAAACCGAAAGAAAGAAAGCCGAUCAGGACCACAACAGCCAGAAAGAUAAAGCCAGCAGUGCAUUACUGACUCCCAAACAAAGGAAAACGAAACACAAAGCCCAAGUAAAAGAGGAGAAAUCUGGUCUACCAGAGUCCCCCAACAGUGAGGUCUCCAAACCCUCUAGAGAGGAAAUAAAGAGAAAAAAGAAGAUGGUUAAAGUGAAACGUAAGAACAAGAUAAACACAGAGGAAGUUCCAGCAGCUUAUACACAGCCUGUUGAUCUUUCAACUACUUUCGACCUUUACCGAAAAGCAAUUUUGGCUCUCAAAGCCAGACAGGAACAGGGCGUGGUUUGGUAAAGAAAAAGGAAUCGUGGGCGUCAUCACACAGAAGAAAUAAAUGACCUAUGAACAUGCUGAAGCACUUAUUGAUGUCUCUUACAAGAACAGACGUCUGCUCCCGAAGUCUGCGAACAGGAGUUCCUGUUUUGUAAUUGCUAGAAUGUCGUCAUCAGUUCUUUUGCAAAGACUCGAGGCAACAUUCAUAAAAAUAUUUAUACUUUGUAUUGUAAUUUUAUUAAGAGAUUGAGAAAGAAUUAUACUUCAAAUGGGGCAUCCAUUCAAGAAGAUCUGUCCUGAAAACCGACUAGCUUUCUUAUGAAAAAUAUAUUUUUGUAUUACAACUUACUCACAUAACCUAUAGUAUUUGAUGAGUCAGUCUGAUAGAUAAACAGGGCGGUUUAUCAUGAAGUAUAUUGCAUUCACUGUGUUUAUUUUUUAAUCUGAGAUGUUUCAGGUUUGGAUAAGACGAUUCCUACUUUGUGUGUGUGUGAGAAAUUCUAUUUGUAUCUUUUUAAAAAGACAGUUUGUACUUUUUAUAUGUUUUUGACUAUUUUAUAUGGAGAAAAAAAUGCUUUAUGGUAUACUGCUUGUUGAAAAUGAUUGUCCCUGAUGUUUUUCCACCAAAUAUAUGAACAAAUAAAUCCUGAUCAAAACA